AUGUUUAGACAUCAAGUUGCAUUGUUGGCUUUGUUCUCCAUCGUGGCCUCAGCCUUGCUCGCGGAUGCUCGCGUAUUCCGUCCACACGUUGACCUCCACAGACACACCAGAGUCGGUCAUCAAGAUGCCCAUCUCCAAGGAAUCAAGUACCAAUGGUUCACUCAGAGAUUGGAUCACUUCAAUCAAGCCAAUCAGGGUACAUUCCAACAGAGAUACGUUAUCAAUGAUCAGUACUGGGAUGGUACCGGACCAGUGUUUAUGAUGAUCAAUGGUGAGGGUCCAAUGGACUUGGGCACCGUCACUGGAAUGAAGUUUGUUCAGUGGGCAGAGACCUUCAAGGCUCUGAUCAUCUCGCUCGAGCACAGAUACUAUGGCGCAAGCUUUGCUACCCCAGACUUGUCCACCGAGAACCUCGCCUACUUGUCAUCCCAGCAGGCCCUCGGCGAUAACGCCGUCUUUAGACAGUUCAUCGCCGCCGAGUACAACGUGCCCGCCUCUAGCAAGUGGGUGUCGUUCGGUGGCUCCUACUCAGGUGCCCUGACCUCGUGGUUCCGUCUCAAGUACCCCGCCCUCGUCGACUUGACCAUCGCCUCGUCGGCCCCAGUCAACGCUGUGGUCGACUUUUACCAAUAUCUCGAGGUCGUCCAGAACUCGCUGUUGGCCACCACCAACGGACAGCAGUGUGUCAACAACAUUGCCGCCGCCACUCAAAAGAUCCAAGGUAUGCUCCAGCAACAGGGUGGACUCCAGUCCGUCUCCAACAUGUUCAAGCUCGUCCCAGCUCUCCAGACCCAAAACGACGUUGCCAACUUUAUGCAAUCUUUGGCCGGCAACUUCAUGGGAGUUGUCCAGUACAACCUUGAGGGUCCAGGUCCAUCAACCACCAGCCUCUGCCAAACCAUGACCAACAAUGCCAACGACGCCUUGACCAACUAUUUGGCCGUCUGGAACACUUUUGCUGACAACGAGUCAUCGGACGUCACCUACCAGACAAUGAUUGAGGAGAUGCUCAAUGUCACCAACGACGAGAAUGCCAUCGGAGGCAGAAUGUGGUUCUACCAGACCUGCACUGAGUUUGGCUACUACCAGACCUCAGACUCGAGCAACCAGCCAUUCGGUGAUCUGUUCCCAAUCCAAUUCGCCACCCAACAAUGUGACGACGUCUUCAACUUCACCUUCUUGCCCAACGUCAACUGGACCCAUACCACCUACGGUGAUCUCAACCCAGUCAACUCCAACAUCCUCUAUGUCAACGGAGACAUCGACCCAUGGCACUCACUUGGCAUUUACACCAACCCAACUACUUCACCAAGCCCAUCAUUGUUGAUCCAUGGCACUGCUCAUUGUGCUGAUAUGAUGAUCCCCAACUCAUACUCACCAUCCACCUUGGUUCCAGCCCAGAAGACCAUCGAGUCUUAUCUCCAGAAGUGGUUGCAGUAA